AUGGGGAGGGGGGGCCGGGGGAAACAAGUUCCCCGGCCAGCACCACAGACCACUCCGAUUCCUCCCGCGCCCCUCCUCCGCGGGAAGGGGGAGGCUAACACGGAGAAAAGGGGGAAAACAAGUUCCCCAGCCAGCCCCACCGCCCCAUCCCUCGCAGGCGUUCCCCCCACCUACCAUCAGGAAGGGCAGCCCAGAGCGUGGAAGGCGGCAGAAAAGGGGGGAAAUCCCCCCUUAGCCGGCCCCCACCCGCCCCAGCCACCAACAGACUCCCGCGGGGUCCGCGAUCGGGCGGAGAAGCCGAAGGGAUGGGUGGGGGUGGAGAGUGCCGAGCCCCCGAAACCAAACAAAGCGCGGCCUGAGCGAGAGCCCGGGCGAGUGGGGAAGCCGCGGCUUUUCCUGCCGGCUGGGGCCCGGCCCGGGCUGACACUGCGGCACCGGGGGGACCCGCCUCCGCGCAGCCCCCCUCGCCCACCCCCCGGGCGCUCAGGCCCCCGCCCGCCCGCAGUGCCCGGGCCGCGGGCGGCCCGGAGAGCGCGGCCUUACCCCGCUCGCCGGCGUUGUUCCGCUCUUGGGGCAGCGGCGGAGGCGGCGGUGGCGGCGGCGGAGGCUGCUGCUGCGGCGGCGGCGGCGGCUGCUGCUGCUGCGGCGGCGGCUGCUGCUGCUGGGGCGGCUGCGGCGGCGGCUGCUGCGGGGGCUGCUGCUGCUGUUGCUGCACCGGGCGCGGCCGCGACACUCGCCUGGGUCUCCGGUUGGCGGCUCGGACGGAGUUCAAUUCCCCGGACUUAG